GUCCUGUUACAUCAAUAAAGUAUGAACCAGGUGCCAAGUAUUUUGUGUCUUCUAGUCGAGAUGGUUCAAUUAAAUUGUGGGACGCUAUAUCUAAUAAAUGUGUUAACACAUUUGAAAGAGCACAUGAUGGUAGUCAAGUGUGUUCUGUGACAUUUACAAGAAAUGAAAAGUACAUCUUAUCAUCAGGCAAAUAUUCUGUAGUGAAACUUUGGGAGUUAUCCACUAGUAGAUGUCUGAUUGCAUAUACUGGAGCUGGAACAACUGGAAAACAAGUUCAUCGUGCACAAGCAUUGUUUAAUCAUACUGAGGAGUAUGUCAUGUUUCCUGAUGAAGUCACUACAUCUUUGUGCGCACGGAAUUCACGCAAUGCUUCUCGGCAGCAACUUUUAUCUCUAGGUUGUGUUGAUCAAAAUUUUACUAUACUAUGAUGGAAUCAUUGAUUCAAAUCGUAAACAAGCUACAAGAUGUAUUUGCUGUGAUUGGUGAGCAUAAAAUUGACUUACCUCAGAUUGUUGUCGUCGGAUCUCAGAGUUCGGGAAAGACCUCAGUCCUGGAAAGUUUGGUUGGUAAAUCUUUUUUACCUCAAGGUAUGGGUAUUGUAACUCGUGCUCCACUUAUACUGCAAAUGAUUAGGUAUUCCAAAGCAGACCUAGAGGACAUGAUAAAAUUAACAAAUAAUCAUAAUAUUAAAUAUUGGGCAUCUUUUCGUCAUAAACCUGGUAAAAUUUAUGAUAAUUUUAAUGAAGUAAGAUUUGAAAUAGAAAAUCGGACCAACGUUCUGGCUGGUGCUAACAAAGGCAUUACCCAUGAGCCAAUUGUACUCAAAGUUUUUACUCCUUCAUACGAUCUUACAUUUGUAGAUUUGCCUGGUAUUACAAAAGUACAUGAUGAACCUGAAAAUAUCGACAACCAAUUACAAAAGCUCAUAUUAAAAUAUGUGCAACAGCCAAAUUCAAUAAUUUUAGCUAUCGUAACUGCAAAUACAGAUCUAAGUACGGCGGAAAGUUUAAAAAUUGCUAGAGAAAUGGAUCCAGAAGGUGUAAGGACAAUAGCUGUGGUGACUAAACUAGAUCUCAUUGACAAAGGUACAAUUCAAGAUACUACUGAUCUUCUCUGUGGUCAUAGAAUUCCUGUGAAACUGGGCAUAAUUGGAGUGGUCAAUAGAAGCCAGAAAGAUAUUAACAACAAUAAAUCGAUAAAAGAAACGGUAAAAAGUGAAAAAGAAUUUUUGAAAUUAAACUACCCUGAUAUAUACAAAAAUCAUGGUAACAAAGUGUUAACUAAAAAACUACAAGACAUUUUGGUAAGACAUAUAAAAGAAACUUAUCCAAUAUUGCUAAAAAAAUUAAACGACUCAAAAAUAAGACUACAAAAACAGUUAAGAAUAUUAAAAACACCCGACAGCAAGGUAUCGUUUGUACUAGACUUAUUUAAUGAUAUAAAUAAGUCAUAUUGUGACACCAUACUGGGAAACAAAAAAUAUAUUUCCGAUAAAAUAGUUAUGGGUGGUGCUAGAAUUGUACAAAUAAUUAAUGAAGAAUAUUUAGAAAAAGUGUAUAAUAUUGAUCCUUUACUCAACUUAUCUAAAGAACAGAUAAGAAUUAUUUUACUGAACACAGUCGGAUUUACCAACAGUCCAUUUGUUAAUCUAAAAGCCUUGGAGUAUAUGAUAGGCAGACAGCUGAGUAACCUAAUUGCACCAUCCUUGUCCACUGUGGACUCUGUACGUGUGGAGAUGCUGAAAAUGUAUGAUUCAAUUGAUGAAAAUAUUUUACAAAUAUUAAAAAGAUAUCCGAGGGUGAAUUCUGAUGUAAGAAAUGUCCUUAUUACAAUUUUGGAUGAAAAUCUUACAAAUUUGAAAGAAUCUAUAAUAUCCCACAUUGAGACUUACCAGACAUGUUUGAAUAUAACCAACCCAUUGUUUUUGUUAAAAUUAGUCCGCUCAUCUAAAGUUAAGUGCAAUACAGUGGAUUUUAAUGGUACAUUACAUGAUGUUCUUAAAAUUAUUGAUGAUGAUGAUGAUUAUGAUGAUGAUGAUGAUAAUGAUGGGUCAAAUGACGCAGACAAAACUAUUGAAAUUUCAAAACAAGUUAAGAUACAUAAACGCUUAACUUAUUGUUAUUUUGAAUUUAUCAGAGAAAUCUUAGGGGACUUUGUACCAAAGAUAAUACAACAUAAAAUGGUGAAUUUAGUUUUGGACAAUUUUGAACUUAAUUUGAAUGAAAAAGUUUUUAUACCUUACGUAUUGAACCAGUCGUUUGAUGAAGUAUUAGUUGAAGAAGAUGGAAUUGUAGAACAUCGUAUAAAAGUUAAGCAGUUAUUCGAUGCGGUAAAUAAAGCAUUACAAAAUAUGAUAGAUAUUCAAUGUUUCUGAUUAAUAUUUAAAAAAUACAGUUAACUAUAUAUUAUAAGAUUUUUUAUUAAUGUGUAAUUAUGCUAAUUGUUCUAUGACGAUAUUUAAGAGCAUAAAAAUUAAUUUUAUAUUUUUUUUAUACUAUUUGAUAUUAUAAUAUAAGAACAAAAAAAAUAGUUUGUAUUGGUUUAUUAUUUUUUCAAGUCAUGAAAAAUUUCAAUUAAUACUUUUUUGCUUUUUUUUGUUAUGCAUUUUAAUAUAAUUUUCUCUGAUACAUUUUAUAAUGUUAAACAAGUUUUAUUUUUAUUUGUAUUAUUUAUUGUAAUAUUUAAACA